AUGCAAGCCACCCAAGACGUUGAGCUUGAAGUUCCGGGCCAGAACGCAAACACCGACCGAGAGAUGACCACGGAGACGACGUACGGCCACCAGGACGCGCUGCCGCCACUGCCGCUGCCCGCCCUCGAGCAGACCCUCGAGGCCUACGUCAAGAGCUGCGAGCCGCUGCUCACGCCCGCCGAGCUCGAGCACACGAAGGCC